AUGGCUCGGUCAGCCGGACUGCUGGAGAUUGCUGUCAGGCUGUGCUUGAACCAGCGUAAACAACUGUGUCCUCAUGUCUGGGUUCCCAUCCUGAAACCCCAGCGAUCCUGCAUCCGUCCUCCAGCUUCAGAGCACUUAUCCUCUGACAUCUUGAGCCAAGUCUUUCUGCCCCGUCCUUCCUCACCUUUCCUCGAUGACUUGGACGACGGCGAUGAUGUGUUGUUCCCAAUCAAGAGCAAACGUGUGGUUUUUGCCGACUCGCGGGGAUUGUCUCUAACAGCCGUGCGAGUGUUUUCCGACGAAGAAGAGCAGUCUGACCUCGACGUGCUGCCAUCGCUGCAGUCUUUGGGCAGCAUGACAGAGGAUGGCUACAGCUGCACAGUCAGCACCUGCUGCCCAGGAACACGGCUCAAACUGGGCUUCCCGCAGCCAUCUGCAGAUUUCCAGGCCUUUCGAGCCAAGCUGGCAGAGAGCAUGGUCAUCUUGGAGAACUGCAGUAUCAGCGAGAAGGCCCUCCGGGGUACCGUGAGAGUUAGGAAUGUCAGCUACCAGAAGGAUGUGCGUGUGCGCAUCACCUUUGACUCGUGGCAGAGCUACAGAGACGUGCCCUGCACAUACCUGCAGAAACGCUUCGGAGGACCUCAGACGGACAUCUUUGAAUUUGACAUUACCAUUCCUAAAGUGCUAGAUGCGAAAAGGAAGAUUGAGUUCUGUUUAAGUUAUUUGCCAGGAGGGCACAGCGAGCCUUUUUGGGACAAUAACGAUGGACAAAAUUACAGCAUUACAGUGAGUGUGAACUCACAUCUGUGCCAUGGGAAGAAUCAAAGUGAAAGGGCAUGACUCACUCAACCUAAAAGUGAUCCUGUUUUUUCCCCCUCGUGUAUACUAUAUCAGUCCUGGGUGAAGGUUUAGUGUACAUUUUUGUGUUUUUCUGUGAAAUGUUACUUCUUUGAUUUUUGAUCAU